UUUUAGUUACCAAAAUGGGUGGAGGCUGGAUUUGUGCUAGAUUUUCAGUAAAGUGUUUUCUAUUGUUUUUUGUUUCAGUUGCAAGAAGCACAGGCUCAACAUACAGAGGCAGUACAAUGUGCUGAGAGGACACAAGAUCACAUGCAAAAGCUUGAAAUUGAAAACAUCAAGUUAAAAGUUACAAUCAAAAAGCAAAUGGGCAAAAUUGAACAGCUUCAGAAAAACUUAUUGGGUACAAAUUUGUCUGAGGAAGAAAAGGAACAAUUAAAGAAACUUACUGAGUUGAAACAAUCUCUGGAAUAUCAUUUGGAUCAAGAAAUGAAGAAAAAUGGUGAAUUAGAAAAAGAGAUUAUUGGAUUUAAGAAACUCUUAAAGAUGACAAGGAAGGAGUCAAAUGAAUAUGAAAAUGGAGAACUUAGUUUCCGUGGAGAUUUAAAACCCAAGCAAAUUGAAAUGGAUAGUCAGAUUACUAUGCUAAAAGUUCAGACUGAUGAUCUUACAGCAAAACUUGAAACUUCAUCUUCAAAAUGCCUACAUCUGGAUGCAAAAAAUCAAGAUCUUCAACAGGAGUUGUUGUCUAUGAGAGCAAUACAAAAGAAAUGUGAAAAACUGGAGAAGAAAAAAAAGAAGUUGGAACAAGUAGUAGUAAACCUCAGAAGUCAUGUAGAAAUGAAUAUGCUAGAACUUGGUCGAGUAGAACAAUAUAAACGGGAGAUUGAAGAAAGAGCCAGACAAGAAAUAGAAGAAAAAUUAAAAGAAGUCAAUCUAUUUUUACAGGUACAAGCAGCGUCUCAAGAAAAGUUAGAGCAGUUAAGGGAGAAUAAUAACACUUCAAUGAGACAGCAGAUGGAACUCAGAAUAAAAGAUUUAGAAUCUGAACUUUCCAAAAUGAAAAUUUUCCAAGAAGAUUCUAAUAAAUCAGAGCUGGAAAGAUACAAGCACCUGUAUCUAGAAUAACUAAAAGUUACAACAUUAUUGUCAAAGAAACUAAACGAGACUAAGGAGCAGCUAGCAGAGAACAACACCAAAUUACUCAUGGAGAAACUACGGAACAGAUACUUAGUCAGCCCUCUUACCGUGACGCCGGUCCUGGAGCCAUCAUGUGCUGGAUAUCUUAAUAAUCAUUCAGUGCUCAAUAGAAAUCUUAUUCCAAGAGAAAACGUAGUAAUUCCUUCCUCAAUCCCACGGCCUUCAAGUAACAGCAUGGAGACCUUCUUCACCGAGGAACCCAGGCUUGUCCAGCAUGAAAUUGCAAGUGAACCCAACCAUCUGUGUUUGCAGGGAGACUUCUUCCAUGUACCACACACCACCUGACAUCACAGGCCUCCUGUGGGGAUUCCCCUGCCUCCAUCCUGCCGGCCCUGGCUGCAAUUCUCAUCCAGGAGGCCAUCACAGCCUCCUGCUCAGAAGCCCUCACCACAACUGUAUUUGCUCCCUCAAGAUGACUAGAUUCUUCAAGGGCAGAUAUUCCCUCCUCAGGGGGAGGAGCCACUUCUGGAGGGUCAGUGCCUUCAGAAGACAGCUUCCUUUUCUCAGAAUGUUCCAGAGGCAUUUCCCCCAUUGAUUUUCUUUAAGACUGUGUCAGGAUCUUGGCCUCCUUUGCUGUGACAGGAAAAUCCUUUUGGUUUGGGUAAGCAUGUUCACAGAGCCGCUUACAUGCUUCUAAUUUCUGGCCUUUGGUGCUCAGCUUUAAUUGCUGGCACCAGGCCCACAGGACAUCUCGGUGAAGCAGGUUGACCGGUGGCAGUUUAGAUGGUAAUGGAGGGAUUGCUAUCUUCUUCCGAAGUUUGAGGCUGUGGUCACUUGGUACAUUCUCUUGUGAACAGGAAGCUUUGUCAUCUUUCAUGGGCUUUUUUCGUUUGGUGCCCUUUGCUGAGGUUCUUGAUAAACCUGAUGUUCUUGGUUCACUGGAAGCCCACUGCUCGUCUUUCAUUUCUACUGACACAGGUUCAAAUUUGAGAGUCACACAUUCUUCCCCCGACUUCUCUGUGGAGUUCCACUCCUUGCCUUUUGCAUUCUCCAUAGUCAGAAAAGAAGUUGGGGUUGAUAAAAUUCUUCUACUUCUGCAAUGGCCACUGGCCCAAGAUUGCUGUUUUAAAAGCCUCCUCCCACUGCAGCAGCAUCUUUUUAAAAUUCCAUAUAGUUAAUCAUGCCAGCAUCAUUUAUUAGAUAAAUC